AUGGCGACAACAACGCUCGCGGCCAUAGAGACGGACAGGCAGUUCUUGCCCAUCAAGGCGGAAAGUCUUCCACCGGUACCUACAUUCGAGGCUGACGCCAAUCCGGAGGAGGUGAUAAAGGCUUUGAAGAUUAGCGGAGGAUGCAAGGUCAAAGCCGCGGUCGGGAAGGGCGUGCUAGCACAGGUCGAACGGGAGUUGCGCCCCCAUAUUGAAGCUGACGUGGUAUGGGAGGGAGAUUUCUUCCCCAUCCAGACUCGAAGGGUGGAAGGCAUGAUCGGCAAAUCUCCCAUAUGUGCCGAGCACAUCAUCAACCAUCCGCUUUAUCAAGCAGUCUGUAAGGAGUUUUUGACGACCAAGAAUUGGUACUGGAGUGGAAACAAGAAGGUCUUUGCGACCUCGGAUCCUCAGCUCAACAACUCCAUCUGCUUCUCGAUCGGACCUGGGGCAUGGGACCAGCCUCUACACAGGGACAGCUGGUGCCAUCAGACCAACGAGCAGGAGGUAGAUGUAUACCCGGACAACUAUGACCGAGACGUGGGGAUCGGCUGGUUUGUCGCAGGCAAACCUGCAACAAAAGAAAACGGGGCGACAAGGUUUAUUCCAGGAAGUCACCUAUGGUCCAAAGACCGGCCUCCUCAGGACGACCUCGCGGUGCAUGCGGAGCUCGAGCCAGGAGAUGCUUUCAUGAUGCUUAGCUCGUGUUACCAUGGAGGGUCCGCCAACAAGACAAGUGACCAAGAACGCCUAUUGUUUAGUUGCUUCAUGACAAAAGGCUGGUUGCGUCAAGAAGAGAAUCAAUACCUUGCAAUUCCGAGGGAGGUAGUGUUGAAGAUGCCGGUGCAUAUCCAGCAGCUGAUGGGCUAUAAGUUGAGCCAGCCCUUCUGUGGAUGGGUCGAGAGUGAUGAUCCUCGGGUUGUGUUAGACCCAUCAUUGAAAGAUGAUCCAUCGGGACAUUAUGAUGAAGAAUAA